AUGCAUAUACUGGAAGAACACGGAUGGACGGAAGUAAGGAGGCGAAAAACGACGGCAACCGCAGGCAACACGACGGAAGAGAUCACCUUCUUCGUCACUAAUAUACCAAACGGAGCAAUGAGGUUCGAAUUCAGGAAGAUCUUCUCACGUUGGGGAAAACUAUCAGACAUCUACUUCGGCGGGCACAAAGGAAAGAAUGGAAAAAAUUACGGCUUCAUAAGAUUCACCGGGGUACCGGACGCAAAAGAUUUGGAAUCCAAGCUGAACGGAGUAGCCUGCAGAAAUAAAAAGCUCGAGAUCAAUAUCGCUAGACACAGUCGGAAAACACAGCCACCACCCCCUGGGAGGACCAAUCCUAGAACACGAACCGCAGCUUCAACCCAGAUUAAGAACAGAUCCCAUGGCGGUGGGCACAUAGACCACCGAACAUACACCCAAGUCACAGGAAACCAAAACUCAUGGAAAGUUACUAAGAAUAAUCCAGAAAAUCACCAAUCAUCUACACCUGUUAGAUUACAUGUGGAUGAAGACAUGGAUCGUUGGUUAAAAAAUCCACACUCAUUGGGGAAGCCAAAUCUUUGGAACAUCUUGGUCACAUGCCGGUACUCAUCUCCAUUCACAGUGAACAUAGCCCUUCAGUAA